AUGUGGCGACGCACAUAUCUCACGCUCGUCCUCAUAAGGCUGUGGUUUGCGCUAUCUCCCAGUUAUUUACACCCGGACGAGAACUUCCAAGGGCCUGAGGUCAUAGCCGGCCAAAUUUUUAGUUAUCCUGUUCGACACACUUGGGAAUUUACAAGCGAGAACCCUAUCCGUAGUGUUUUCCCACUAUGGCCCGUCUACGGUCUUCCUAUGCUUCUUCUGCGGUGGCUAUGGAUCGGUAACGGCAAAGACGGAGAGAUCCCACCUAUUGCGGUUUUCUGGACUCUGCGCGUUCUCAUGUUUGUCAUCAGCUUUGUUCUUGAAGAUUGGGCGUUGCAUGAGUUGAUCCCGUCACCGAAGCAUCGCCGUGUUGCCGUUCUCCUUGUCGCCUCGUCCUACGUGACCUGGACCUAUCAGACGCACACGUUCUCCAACUCGGUAGAGACGCUCGUUGUUGCUUGGAGUCUUGUUCUGAUCCAGCGAGUCGCUGAUCCACGGCGGUCAUGUGUUUUGUCUACCACAGUGCUUGGAAUAGUUGGAGUAUUCGGUGUAUUCAAUCGAAUCACGUUUCCAGCAUUUCUUGUUGUUCCUGGACUUCGACUGCUCCCUGUGUUCUGGAAGAGACCUACGUCCCUCGUAUACUUGACGUUAGCUGCGGCACUGACAACUGUCAUUGCCAUCGGUCUGGACACCGCGUUUUACCUGCCAGGUCCCAUCACAUGGACCGACCUGAUCCAUAAACCUGUAAUCACCCCUCUUAACAACUUCAAGUACAACUCAGCAACCGAGAACCUGGCGCAGCAUGGCCUUCAUCCUUGGUACCAGCAUUUGGUGGGAAAUUUGCCAUUGCUGCUGGGCCCAGCUGCAGCUUUGUUGAUAGCCAGACCCAAAAUAUCAAUCCGACUAUGGUCGGCAGUGUCGGGUUUGGUGGUCCUAUCGGCGUUUCAACAUCAGGAGGCGAGAUUCUUGCUCCCAACGGUACCACUAUUUCUUUCGUCAAUCCGCAUGCCCCGAAACCAAACAAUACUCUACGUCUUUACGGCAGUUUGGAUCGGGUUUAACCUCGUCCUCGGCUCGUUGAUGGGUAUCUAUCAUCAGGGAGGUGUGGUGCCGGGACAGGUCUUCCUGAGUCAGCAGCCAGAUGCCACCCAAGCUGUCUGGUGGAAGACGUAUACACCGCCAAUCUGGCUUCUUAAUGGCAAGAAUGAGUUCUUGACCACGCGAGACGUUAUGGGUCUCAAGGGUGAGGUGCUACUUGAGCAACUCUACGGACUUGCCACAUGCGACACUCCCGCCGACAGACGAAACCAGGAGUAUCUGAAGGAAAAGAGUGGCACAUACCUGAUAGCCCCGGCAUCAGCAACAUGGUUAGAUCCCUACCUGCCCAACAAGGGCUUGGAGGGGCUACGAUUUAGAGAGGUAUGGCGUUACAGGAAACACUUGAACCUGGAUGAUCUGGAUUUUGGCGACGACGGCGUUUGGGACACCCUGGCCAGGGUUAUUGGGCGAAGGGGCCUCGUUGCCUGGAGAGUCACAAAGAGCUGCCCAAAUUAG